UUUAUUUGAAUUUUAUCGACAUACGCAGGUAAAUACGGAUCAAUGAAAUAAAUGGAUCAAUGAAUACCUGAAAUAAAAAAAUUAUAAAAUUUUUGAGUGGAACUUUAUCAAUAUGGUAUUUAAAAUUGUUAAAAUCACCGAGGGCCGAUAUGCAAUCCUUGUCAAUUACUGAAAGUUGGAACUUCCCGUGUAAACAUGGGGAGGACUCAGCGGAAACGACAACAUAAGAAGUUGGUCCAGUUUUACACAUGCAAUAAUGAAACGAAUUCAAUCUUAUUUAACACCUGGCUGUCGGGUAAUGGAUUGCGAAGCAGCAAAAAGCUUGUUUUCGCUAUGUUUGAAGCUCCAGGCCGAGGACUCCUCACUAAAAAGAAAAUAUCUGCAGGUGAAGAACUUAUGAAUCUGCCACUUAGUUUAACCAUUAAUGUAACUACUUUAUUGAUGGAUGAUGUGUUUUGUAGCAUUUUUUUAGAGAACAAAUUGUCAUGCCUUUUAAAGUAUAAGCAAAAGGUCUCAUUCCAGUCAUUAAUGGCAUUUUAUCUUAUACAUUUAAAGGCUGGAGGCAAUAUUUCCAAAUGGCAUAUUUACUUGGCAAGUUUACCUAAAGAAUACACAGUUCCAUACUUUUUGCCUGAUGAGGUGAUAUGCCAUGUUGAUGGUGAAAUUGCAAAUGCUAUCGCAAAACAAAAAAAUAUUAUUAAGACCUCAUUUCAUAUUUUUAAUGAAAUUUUACAAAAUACUAUGAGCAAUAAUAUUGAGGUACAGAAUUUGGGAUCAUAUUUUACAUUAUUGAGAUAUGAAUGGGCAUAUUUUACUGUAAACACUAGAUGUGUAUAUAUGGAUUUAACUAAACUUAUUAACUUAGAAAACAUUAGUAGUACCAUUUUGUCUGUAAUCAACGAUAAUACAAAGAUAUCAUUAUGCCCUUAUUUAGAUAUGAUUAAUCACAGUGCAAAUGCUAGAAAUGAGACAAAACUAAUGAUUAAUAAGGAUUUAGGAAAUUUACCUUUAACCAAAUUAAAUGAUGAUAUAUUUUCUGAUGUACGGUUUUCUAUUUAUACAAAAAAUAAUUUUGAUCCUUAUACACAAGUUUUUAUAUGCUAUGGAGACAGUCAUAAUUUAAAAUUAAUAACAGAGUAUGGUUUCUUUUUACCUUCAAAUGAUAUUGACUUUGUAUCAUUCAACUUUGAUGAAAUUGUUUUAUAUUUAAGUUCUAGAGGUACAAAACUUUCUUGUGAUCAAAUAGCAUUUAUUAAUAACCACGGGUUAAAUAAAGAUUUGUAUAUUGAUUUGCGAGGCCUAAGUUUUAAUUUCUAUGGUUUAUUGAUGGUAGUAAAGUAUUACUACAACCAAAAUUUAGAUAUAAGUAGGUUAAUAUAUUCUGCAGCUAUUUGUUCUAAUGAUAGGGUUUUAAUAGAAUUUAUAAUGCCAAUGGUUAAAGAUAGACUUGUAAGUAUAGGUGUAGAUCUCAACAAAUUAUGUAGUUUUAGCAGAAAUAUGAUCCUAGACAACUGUAUAAAACUCAUGGGGCAAUAUGUCAAUAUACUAGAGAAGUUUAUUAAAUGUUAGAUUUCAAGUA